GUUGGACAUCAAAGUCCACUUCGCUAUUCAUCCAAGAGUGAUUUCGUGAAUGUUAUCAAUAUACAUUGUGAUCUUCGAGGCAAGGUAAUGUAUCAAACAAGUUGUUAAAGUUUCGUGUCGGGUUGACCCUGUUUAAAUCAAAUGUUUAUGGAUUCGCGUUUUACACCACGAAUUGUCAAAUGUAGCAGACUGAACAGAGACCGAAAUUAUAUAUAACAAAUUGAUUCCAAAAAUGUAAAAGCAACAUUGUAUCACUUCAGUGAUCAAUCACGCACAGCGCAAUACUUUUAGUACUUUCACACUCUAUCAACAGGAAAGUGACAUGAUCCCAUUGCUAAUGAGUAUCUAUCUAUACUGUCUCGUGUGUAGUACACUAUUUCAUUUUUUUGUUGUUGUAAGAAACACAAUAGGUUUGUAUGUUUUCAUUUCAUAUUUGAGCCCAUAACCUAUAUGCAUGUCUAAAAACAGAUCCCUAGACAUGCCAUAGUAACCUUCUUCACCAGUGAUCUAUUUUUAAUGAUUCCUCUCUCUCUGUCCUGCAGGUGUUGUAAAUGGCUGGGUCAGACCCAGUAGAGUGGUACUAUGUGGGGGUGGAUGUGGGGACAGCCAGUGUGAGGGCUGCUCUGGUCACAAGGGAGGGCCAAGUAAAGACCACUGCAGAGGAGAUGGUCACCAUCUGGAAACCUCACUCAGACCAUUAUGUCCAGUCAUCCACUGACAUUUGGGCUAAGUGCUGUAGCACAGUCCGGGUAGGUGUUAGAGACUGUGUUCAGGUGUGACUAAAGUGCUCUGCAAAGUGAUACAUUCUCUUGGAAUUUCUUUAAUUUUUGGCCUAGAUUAGUAUGAUGCCUAACUCCAAUACCUUUUUGAAUACUUUUUGCCGUUUUGCAAGGUUUUCUCAUUAUAUUCAGCAGCAAUACAAAACAAAAACAUAAAGAACAACAUGUAACCAACACCAUAUUCCUAUGACAGAAAGUGACCCAGGGAGUGCAGAGGAAUCAGGUCAGAGGGGUGGGUUUUGAUGCCACCUGUUCCCUAGUGGUCCUGGACCAGAACUUCCAGCCUGUAGCUGUCAACCAGGAUGGUGAGUGAGAGAAUGGUUAAAAAUAGAUAAAUAGUUGAAUGCUCACAGUGUUAUUGAGUCCAACGUUUCAACUAGGUAUUUGUCAAAAUGUCUCCUCCUCCCCUCUCUGUUGCCCUGUGUGUAGGUGAGGCUGAGAGGAACGUGGUGAUGUGGAUGGACCAUCGCGCUGCGGAGCAGGCUGCACGCAUCACCAGCACCGGCCACAGGGUCCUGAGCAGGGUGGGAGGGGUGAUGUCACCGGAGAUGCAGCCCCCCAAGCUGCUCUGGCUGAAAGAGGUUAGAGGUCACCCACUAUACGUCAACAGACUGUUUUAUUAUUGGACACCUCUGAUUGGCUAGUUUGCCUAAGUGCUGUGGUUUAUUGCCUUGAAGUUUUUAUAUAAUUUUCCCCCUACCCAUAAUUCUUUGGUCAGAACCUGAGAGAGACAUGCUGGAGGGACGCCACCCACUUUCUGGACCUCCCUGACUUCCUGUCCUGGAAAGCCACGGCUUCUCUGGCCAGGUGAGCUUUAGAACAGAAGGAGAGAGGGGUAGGAGGGGUUUGUGCGUGUUUGUGUAUCUUGACCAGUCACAGUGGGUGUGUAUCAGACAGAUUCUCCCUUCUUCUUCAGGUCCUUAUGUACUCUGGUGUGUAAGUGGACCUAUUGCCCCACAGAAAAAUGGGACACCAGCUUCUGGACAGCCAUUGGUCUAGAGGACUUACUGGAAAACAACCAUUCCAAAAUAGGUGAGCAGAGUCAACCGGUUUUCAACAUCAAGAGAGUUUUCCUGAAUAAAUGAAAGAAAAAUUGAAAUAUCAAACUCCGCAUUGGUUUCUCAAUGGGAGUACCACUGACUCCAGCCACUGUGUGUUUCUCCACACCCAUCUAGGCAGUGUGACCUGCUGUCCAGGGAGCCCAGUGGGAGAAGGCCUUACCCAGGAAGCUGCAGCCGAACUGGGGCUGGACAUGGGCACCCCAGUGGGAGCCUCCCUUAUCGAUGCCCAUGCCGGAGGCCUAGGUAGACACUCAUUCCAAGGGUCUCCUCUGUUUUUUUGUUUAUAGUCACAAAAUAGUUUUUGCGCAUACCACUGGUGCUUCAUAUUGCCGCUAACAAUCUAUAAAUGAGAAUAUAAUAAAAAUGUAGAUGACAACUGAAGAUGUUUGUGUGAGCAGCUCAGUAGAAACUACUGCAGGAGUUUAUUGUCAUCACCUGGAUCAGUCACCUAACCAGACCUUGGUCAUCUGGUUCCGUUUAGGCAGUUAAACUGCUAAUGAACUUCGACUUUUGACUCCUGCUGGGACCUCUGCUGAUUACACUUGCAUGGGGUCAAAGGUGAAAGUUUAAAGCACUGUGCUGUUCUAAACUGUUGUACAUGUCAGACAUGUACGUGCACUCUGCUCCUCCACCUCUGUGUACCUCCUCCUCUUUCCCACCUCCUCCCACAUUUAAAACUAGAACCAGCUUGGCAACAUUAUCCCAGCAGUAAAUGUCAGCACUAUAUUCCACCUUGGAGGUUACAGACCCACUUCAAAGAGUGAAGAUACUGAGUUAACAAUCCUCCAUUUUGUGGCCCAGUCUCCCCAUUGGCUAUUAUAUAACCCGUGUUUUGGAAUCAUAAAGGAUGUUUUAUUCUUCUUGUCAAACAAAUGUGUUCUUAGUGAUAAAAAGAGAAUAAGUAGAAGCCUUGUGCACAGUUUCCAACGGGCAGGUUAUGGCAGGAACAACUGAGAAUCGUUUUUUUAUUUUGUUUUUAUACAUGUGUUUUGGGUAUUCUCAGUGAACUUUGCAAAAGGUCAAAACGUAGAAGUGGAAAUGUCAAGUAGGCAGAGGAAUGAGAAAUACCUUUUUUCCACGACAUACUGUACUUGACAGAAAUGUAAAUUUACAAAUGUUCUUGGUCCACGACCUUCCUAACUUUUUAACCAUGUAAAUAAUGAGAAUAAGGUGUGUUUUGUGGUUCCAGGUGUGAUUGGUGCAGACGUGAGGGGGUUCUCCCUGGCCUGUGAGGACCAGCCAAUCACGUCGCGCAUGGCCAUGAUCUGUGGAACAUCUUCCUGUCACAUGGCGGUGAGUUGGUUAGACUUAAACAGCUCCUGUUGUCAUGUAAUAUAAUAUGUGCCACUUGUCAGAUUUGAUCUGAUUUACAGAACAUUGACAGUGACAGACAUAUUCAGUAUGUGGGGCCCAUGCAGGAAUCAAACCCACAACCCAUCUUAGCCAAGUAUGUUUAUCUAGCAUGGCGAAUAGUAUUACAAUGCCAUUCAUCAGCAGUCCUUCAUGGUGACCAAUCAUGAGGGGUAGACCCUGACCUGCUGCAACCUCUUGAAUCCUUCAGCUGGAGUCUAGUGUCAUGAGCUUUAACAUCUAGCUCUAGUAGGGGGAGGUGAGGGGGCCUGAUGCUGUGUUGAAGCCCAUAGCUGUGUUGAAACCUCUAUGUGUUAUUCUGUGUGUUCAGAUCAGCCAGGGGCCCCUGUUUGUACCGGGUGUGUGGGGACCCUACCUGUCCGCCAUGGUGCCUGAGCUGUGGCUCAACGAGGGAGGACAGAGUGCUACUGGAAGACUGGUCAGUUCAGCUCUGCUCCCCCUGGGUCCUACUAGACCAGGCCUAUUCAACUACUUGCACAUGGCCCUGCAGAACUGCUGGUUUUCUUCUCUACCUGGUACUUCAUUGAUCUAUUCAUGUCACUGAUUGGCCCAAGAACCCACAUACCUGGAGUCCCAGUCUCCUCUCAGAAGGAGAGAAAGAACACCAGCAGUACCUUAACCCUGUAAUUGUGACUUUGUCCAUGUGUGAACUGUGACCUGAAGUAAUCAGCUACAUAUGCAUUAUACUAGGCACUAGGGUUGCUCAAACCAGAUCCACAACAUACAUUUUUCUUUUCUUUUCUUUCUUUUUUCUCCUACCUCAGAUUGACUAUGUGGUGAAAGGUCAUGUAGCCUACCCCCAGCUACAGGAGCAGGCUGUGAAAGGGUCAGCUAUUUACAGAAAAAGCAUAUCUAUUAAAACAACAACAACAUACAAUUCACAUGGAAUAGUACAGAAUACACAUUUAACAUGAACCACAUACUCUGUCCAGAUAUGUACUCUGCCCAGGCGCCUGUAGGCCCAGAAUGCUCAGAAUCCAUAUGUUUAACCUACUUAACCUUAACCUACUAAGAGCAUGGUGUAAAUGUCUGUUAUCACCUGUCCUGGCAUGUCAAUUGACAAACUCCUUGGGCAAUGGGAAAACAAGUUUUUCUAGCUCGUAAACAAUGUGCCGUCUGUCCACCUUCCAUUGCGAAAGAAUGAUUGAUUUACUAUAGCUCGAAGGCAUUACAUAGUUCCAAUAGCAGCUGAGAAGUCAAUUACUUGAUACACUUUACAAAAUAGAUUCCCAAUGAAAAACCACCUUGCUACACAAAUAAUUGGCAAUCAACAACAUAAUACAAAGUAGGUUUAAAGAAGUGUAACAUCCCCUAUAUUUCCCUGCAGUGGGGAGCAUAUCUACAGUUACCUGAACAGACACCUGUCCUCAAUGGCUAAAGACCUGGGGGCUCCCCUGGACCUGCUGGCCUCCAGCCUCCACGUCUGGCCAGACUUUCAUGGCAACCGCUCCCCCCUGGCGGACCCCACCCUGAGGGGCGCGGUGAGGAGAGACCACCUCUGGCUCAGGGCUCUGAUAGACUGCUCCCAGAUCUGUUUAUGCUAUCUUGCCUAGUCCUAUGGUCAUUGGGCAAGAACAAUGACCAUAGGAGUUGGCAACACACACUCAUCAUAUGCUGCCGCUGCUCAUUUCUUUAUUUGUACAAUUAUUAUUAUCUAUUCUGAUGCCUAGUCACUUUACUCUACCUUUAUGUACAUAUCUACCUCAAAUACCUCCAGCCCCUGCACCUUGAUCUGGUACUGGUACUCUGUAAAUAGAUAGCUUAAUUCUUGUGAACUUUAUUUUUUACUCUGCAUCGUUGGGAAGGGCUCGUAAGCAAGCAUUUCACGGUAAAGUCUACACCCGUUGUAUUCGGCACAUGUGACAAACACUUUUUAUGUUAUUAGUGUUUGUUUUGAAGAGAGCACAAACUGAUCUGGGACCAGGCUAGGGCUCUGACCCUCUGAGCUCAGAAAUCAUUCAGAAACAAAUGUCAUCAUGCUAUAUAAAAGUAAAUGAAGGGUUUUAAGCCACAUUGUCAAAAUGCCAGACCUGUAUGACUUUGCUUAUAAAUGAUUUGUGAAGCAUCUAUGUAGUUCUUAUGAAUAUGAAUGCUCUACAAAGCUUUUCUAAGUGGUACUGAAGGUGUUCUGUGUGUGUACAGGUGGUUGGGCUGUCAUUGUCCCAGACCCUGGAUGACCUGGCCCUCCUUUACCUUGCUACUGUACAGGCACUGGCUGUAAGUUUCACUAGUAAUAAUACAUAGUACUUAUAUAGCGCUUUUCUGAAACCCCAAAAAGCAUGAAUACUACAUUUAAUAUAAACAUGUCACACAUUGCUUGAAAUAUUUACCUAGAUUAUCCUAUCCUAAAUGAUUGUGUGUGGUUAUGAUAGCCAGAGGAGUACGCCCUCCCUCUAAGUUGUAUAAAGGGCUUUAUAAACUAAUUAGAUUGAUUGAUUGGUUUUAUAUUGCAACAAUCCACUCCUGCCUCUCUCCUUUCAGCUGGGCACCCGGCAUAUCCUAGAGGCCAUGACACAGGCAGGACAUGACAUCACAGCCCUCUUCCUGUGUGGGGGGUUGAGUAAGAAUCCUCUUUAUGUGCAGAUUCAAGCCAAUGCCACAGGUGGGUGAUGGAGGGUGAUCUAGUUUGUGUCCAGCAGCCAUAAAACGUUUUGAAACGAGAGUAAAACAGGGGAGGUACUACCAAACCUGAAUUUGAGAAACACCCCCACUGAAAACAAACCUAGAUUGUUUCAGUUGAGGUUCUGAAUUAUUAUUUAGAAAUGUAUAUUUCUCAUUAUGAAGAGAGUGACUUAAACACUCAUAUGAAUUCCUUAUUUGUAAAAUAACUUGAGAGUGCUUAUGAACGGAUGUAACAAUACUACUUGUUGUGUUCUCAGGGUUGCCCUUGGUGCUGCCUGCACAGACAGAGGCUGUGUUGGUGGGAGCAGCAGUUCUAGGUGCCUGUGCUUCCCAUGAUUAUAGCUCCAUACAGGUGGGUGCAGCACACACAAUAAACACAGCAGUAGAAUAUUUAGUUUGGCAUCAUAGCAUUCCUGACUCCAUACUACCAUCUACUGGAGAGAAACUAAAGUAAAGGAGAAAUGCACAGAUUCCCUUGCUGUGUCUCAAAAUCAAAUCAAAUGUAAUUUGUCACAUGUGCCGAAUACAACAGGUGUAAACCUUACCGUGAAAUGCUUAAUUACAAGCCCUUAACCAACAAUGCAGUUUUAAGAAAAUAGAGUUAUGGUCCUCUGUAGCUCAAUUGGUAGAGCAUGGCGCUUGUAACGCCAGGGUAGUGGGUUCGAUCCCCGGGACCACCCAUACGUAAAAAUUUAUGCACACAUGACUGUAAGUCGCUUUGGAUAAAAGCGUCUGCUAAAUGGCAUAUUAUUAUUAUUAUAUUAUAAAAUAUUUACUAAAUAAACUAAAGAAAAAAAAAAAAAAAAGUUACACAAUAAAAUAACAAUAAUGAGGCUAUAUACAGGGGGCACUGGUACCGAGUCAAUGUGCGGGGGUACAGGUUAGUCCAGGUAAUUUGUACAUGUAGGUAGGGGUAAAGUGACUAUGCAUAGAUAAUAAACAGCGAGUAGCAGCAGUGUAAAAACAAGGUGGGGGGGGGGGGGGGGGGUCAAUGCAAAUAGUCUGGGUGGCCAUUUGAUGAAUUGUUCAGCACUCUUAUGGCUUAAGGUGGAGACUUGUGCAUAGUCUGGUGAGAUGACAUGGAGGUAGCUAGAUAUCUAUCUAAAGAGAGGGCUCUGGGGGUGUCGCUCUGUGGCAUUCAGCAGCAUACCUCUGAACACUGGGUAGUGGCCCACCCGGUAAGCCAGACGUGCUAAAAAUAAGAAUAUGUAUUAUUGUUUGGACUGGGUCGCACCUGUCACCUCAUUUGGAGUCAAAACUGCUCAUGCAGUUGGUGCUGUCUGAGGAUUUGAGCUAGGGAUGACGGACUAGGGAUGACAGGGCAGUGUGAACUAUAGAGCUUAUAUAGAAGGAUAUGUAUAAGGCCAGGAACUGAGAAUUGUGCUGCCUACGUACUGUAUGUCACAAACUACAUAGACAGUUGGGCCUUUCCUUUUCAAACCAGGUCAUGGGCUGUUCUCUACCUCACCUCUCGAGAUAGAUUAAAACUGAAUGUGUAUGAUUAAUUGAGCAGUGCUUGAUUUAUGAAUGCAUGUUUUAGGAGGCGAUGGAGAAAAUGGCCAAAGUGGGAAAAGUUGUUCAGCCUGACCACGAGCUCCGGAGGUGAGACGAGAGACUGGCCUGCAUCAGUGUUGGGUUUCAUUGGUCAAACGUCUGUGGGUUGUGCUGGAGGCAUGUGCUGGGAUACAAUGAUUAAUUAACGUUAAUGUGGGAAACAUUUAUCACUACUGAUAUAUUAAAGUAUAUUUGUUAUCAGGUCAGCUUGUAAUUUUGUUCUAAUGAUGUCCUUCUAAUAAUGUUUUUAUAAUGUUGUAGUAUCUGACUGGAGGAACUGUGUUCUCUCUCUCUUAGCUUUUACAGGAAGAAGCACUCUGUGUUCCUGCGCCUCCAUGUCCACCAGAGGGAGUACAUGGCCUUUAUGAAUGACUGACUGAGAACCAAGAGGUGCCACCGUCCAACCUGAAAUGGCAGACAGUACUCCCAACACCGAGGUUGGAUUAGUCUGAAUGCGAUAUCAGGUAGAGACUGUGGAAACGGCUAUGAUAUCAGACACCCAAAUUAGUUGAUUCCAAAAAUCAGCUGGACCCAGAUACCCAAUACCCCUAUAAAAGUCAGAGGAGAAAAGAGUCUGAACUCAAAUGUGAUUUAUCAUUUGCAAAAUGGUGGUGACACUGUCCAUCUUGACUUGAUGCAUGGGGGAAGAUGCAGGAUAUUAAUGCAAUAUUCCAGUAUUUCAGAUUUUAAACUUGACGUGCAGUCCUGGCCUGAAAAUGUAAUAUGGUCUACAGUACCAUCCACAGGACACUGAUAAGAGUUCAAAAGGCACUGACAGAAAAAGUCCACCUGUGAAAAGCAAUAAAACAG